AGCAAGAAAGAAAGAAAGAAAGAAAGAAAGAAAGAAAAAGAUAUCCACUUCGCUGCAGCAGAGCAAAGUAAUUGAAAGCAAGAAGAGAGUACAACACAUCAUAUCGCACACACACACACGCACACUCGCAUAUCUACUCGUAUCUUGAUUUUCAUUUGAUUGAUUAAUUAUUUUGCUUUGCCACUUUUUGGGUUGAUCAAAGGGAUGGGUUUAUAAUUGAUCUCUCCUUCUUUCUCUCCCUCGCCUUCUCGAAACUUGGAAUCGAUUGCGACAUCGAAGUGCGACAUUCGAAAAUUUGGAAUUGCAUAUUUGAAGUCGAAUAUUGAGCGCGGAAUGAGAAACGAAAUGAGUGUGGGAACAUCAUCAGAUAUAAGAAAAGCAUCGAUACUUUGUCGCGAUGUGUAUCGGAAAUGCAGAGAGGCGGGUGCGCAAUAUGAGGAGAUUCGACGGGAAGUGAAGGGUUUGUAUGGGGUUGUGAGGGAGUUGAAGGAAGAGGAGGAAGAGAGGAAUGGGGAGUGGGAUGAGGGGAAUUGGGAACGUGUGGAGGGGAUUAUCGGGGAUUGUGAGGGGACCCUUAGACAACUUGAUGGAUUGCUGGGGAGGUAUGGGAGAAAUGGAGGUGGAAGGCUGGGAAGUAAUGAGAUGGAUCAAUUGGGUGGGAUUCGAGUGAGGUUGAUUUCGCAUAAGAAGAAUAUAUCGCAUUUUCUCGAUUCGCUCCUUGACGAAGAGGAAGGUGGAGAUGCAAGCGGCACAGAAGGGUUGGACGGGAAGGGCGAAUUGGAUAUGUUGUUGGAUAAGGUGGAUGAUAUCGCAGCGGAUAGGAGUCGAAGGGUUGGGACUUUACAAAUGAUGGGUUCUGAGAAUGAGGAUGAGGAGGAUAAUUUGCAGAUUUGGAAAUGGUUUAGGAGGAAUCUAGUUGGAGAGGGGGUCAAUAGAGUGGUUUUGGAACGACAUAAGGAUGUUCUAAUUGCAUAUAUACGACAAAUGGAACAAGAUGGGCUACUAAUCGAAAAUCCAUCUGCAUCUACACCUCAAACCAGUCCAAGAACUUCUCAUAAAGGACGAUGGGACUCUACACAUUCCGAAUCACCUCAUGCACAAGUAGCACCAGCUUCAUUCGAUAAUACCAAUAUCAAUUCAGGGCGCAAUGACCCUGGAGCAAAAGAAAUGAUUCAAAGAGAAGACAAUAUAAAAUUCCCUCCGGCGAUGAAAUUUCAAAGACCCAAACCCGAAUCUCUCGUCGACUCAUAUCCAUAUCCUGGACAAAAUAUAUCCUCAACUUCUCAUCGACAAUUAUCACCUCCUCUAACUCCCAAAAUCUCAACCACAGAUCUCGAUAUCUCAGAAUCCCAUUGCGGAAAGGAUAUUAGCGGCUCAAAAUUAAACUCUGAGGAUAAUACGUCAUCGGGGCAUCAGACGAUAUCACGAUAUCCAGUUAAUUCGAAUCAUAAUAAUACUUCAAUAAUUCAAACCUCGGAUCUUCUUUUGCUUCCUUGCUUUACAACAAGUAAUUCUCAACUUCUUCCGCCGUCUUCUCCAGGAAGUUGGAAUUCAAAAUCAUACUCAAACUCAUAUCUCAAUGAAUCUCCCAACGAACACAUACAAUCACAAGCUGAAUUGAAAAAAAUGACACUACGACCAAAACAUAGCUCGGACCCAGUCCAGAAAUCAUCACCGCGAACAAGCGGUGUUCGAUUCGAUCUUCCUGAUGCCAACCAAUCAUCAAAAACCCACACGCCUACACCUAGUAGUGGAAAUAAUCCUCACGAUUCCACGAUCCCCAUUCCCAUUCCUACUUCCAUUCUCAAGUCAAAAAUUGCACCAGAUUCAUCUGGCCAUGAAAUCCCUCAAGAUGCAAAAUGGACAAAAGUAAAACGAUCUUUGAUAUCACCAGAAGUAUUGGUGAAAGACGGGAGAAGAUUUGAAGCUCGACCAGAAUUCGUAGCUAUCUUAGGAAUUCUCACAAAAGAGGAAAUUCAACAAUAUGCUGAGCGCUCGCAUGUUUUGAGAGAAGAGCGUUGGUGGAGAAAUCACCCUGAGCAGAGAGAAAGAAGGGAGAGGAGGGAAAGCAGUGAAAGAAGUAGAAGACGAAACUCAGAGGAUGAGGAGAGUUCUUCUUGCAGUUCUGAUUCUAGUUCGGAGAUGAGCUCGGAUUCAGAUUCAGAUAUAAAUGAGCAUAGAAAACGUGGUGAGAAAAGAAAUGGGGAUGCAAGAGGAAACGGUAGAAGAGGUGACGAAUGGGAAGAGAGGGGAGAAAGAAGAGAAAGAAAGGGAAGAUCGGAAAGAUAUAAUCGCAGAGAAAGAGAUCGUGAAGCAAAUUAUACGUUUGCUCCUCAAUCACAACCCCAACCUCAGCCUCAACAUUUCUCCCCCUCACCAUAUUCUGCAUCGAAUAAUUCACUUCCAGGAAGAGGUAUGGAAAUACCCGGAAUAAACCAAACACCAAAUGGAUACGCACCUCUGGGUUCUUUUCCCGGACAACAAAACUAUUCCCAACAAGGAUAUCCACCACCUCCACAGCAUCAACCCCCCUAUCCAACACCAAAUCAAUUUCCUCAACCUCCUUACCCUCAAGGACAAGGACCUCCCCCACAAAUAAAUCAAAAUCAAUAUCUCUCACCAAAUCUCUACGCUCCUUACUCUACAUCUCCGUCCGGCUCCUCACCUACAUAUGCGCCCAAUCCUUCCUAUACCCCCCACAACUCCCGACGCCAUCAAUCUCACUCUCAUUCUCAUUCCCAUUCCCGCUCUCCGCAUUCUCAUUCUCACUCUCACUCUCAUCAUUCUCGCUCCCGCUCCCGCCGUUCUCGCGAUGCAGAUCCCCGCUCUUCAGAGCCACGGAGACAAAAUUCGGGAACGCCGAGUGCAAAUACGAGUUUGGGUUCGAGUUCGAGUAAAUGGCGUGAUCAUCUCGCGGCGGCGGGGAUAGGUGGAGGUUUGGGGGGUGCGGCGGCGGGGUUGUGGGAGGUUUUGAGUGAAGCUGCGGAGGGGUUUUAGGUUUUUGGUUUUUGGUUUUUGGUUUUUGGGUUGGGCGAGGGAAUGGGAAUGGGAAAGUGGUAGGGGGUGUUGAAGGUCAUGAAUGGAGGGGAAUAAGAUGGAGAUGGAAAUGGAGAUGAAGAAGAUGAGAGGGGAAGGGAAGGGAAGAAAUUAUGAGGGGAGGAAUAUGAGAUGAAUGAAUGAAUGAAUAAAUAAAGAACGAACGAAAUCAAACGAAACGAAACGAGAAUUGGAGCUCAAGAAUGUAGAUAAAUUGGCAUGAUGACAUGAUGGUAUGAUGGUAUGAUGGUAUGAUGGUAUGUAUGUAUAAAUAUAAAUGGGAUGAGAAAUGAUGAAUAAUGAAUAAUGAUUGAUGAUUGGGAUAAUAAAUAGGAUAGGAUAAUGAAUAGGAUAAUGAUACGAGAUGAGUAGGAUAAUGAUACAAGAUAUGAAUAUAUG